GUCCCUCCGCGCCGGGCGGGGGUGGGAAGCGGCGGCGGGGAGACGGCGGCCCCAGCCCCCUCCGCUCGGCCCGAGGGGCGGGACGCCGGGACCCCGCCGCCCCCGCGCGCCCCCCGCGCUCCGCUCCUCCCCUGGGACGCGAGGAGGGCGGGCGCCGGGUGAGGGGCCGGGCUGCCGGGCGGCCGGGCGGAGGUGAGCGCCGGGGCCGGGGCCGGAGCCGGAGCCGAAGGGCGGCGAGGCAGGCCGCGCACGGCGGCGCUGGGCCCCCGGGGAAGGUGGGCGAGGCGGGGGCGCGCAGGGCGGGCGCUGGGGGCUAGUACUGCCCCGGGCGGGGGUCGCGGCCCCGGAGGCAGCCCUUGGCCCCGCCUCUGCGCCGGCGGCCCCGCCGCGCGCCCGGCGUUCCUGGAAGCCGGCGAGGCGCGGGAAGAAGGGUUCACCCAGGUGAAGCGCAGGUGAGGGCCAGCGGGGCAGCUUCCGGCCGACCCAGCGCUCCCGCCGUGGGAGCUCGGCCGAGGGGCCGGUCUCCCCCACCCCCGCGGAGGAGCAGUCCCGCCCGGUGCAGCUUCCGGGAGGGUCACGGGCGCCCUGCCGGCCCCUGCCCCCCCCACCUCGGACCCUUAAGCAACCCUGGGGGUGCAGGCUGCGCAGAGGCCUGCCCCCUUUCCUGCGGGAGGUGCUCGCACUUACGCGGCUGACGACCGGCUGAGCACAGGGAUCAGCGCCUCAAGGCGGGGAGCCCCGUUGAGACAAUGCUCGCUGCCACGUGGGCCUCUGAAUGGGUGUCUCUGCUUCCCGCCCCCCUGGCAGUCUGAGGGGGCCGAGGACGCCGCGGCGUGCCCACCGGGCGACGCAGACCUCACCCCCGCGACCAGCUGGUGUCGGCCACCCCAUCACCACCCUGAACCUGGGCUCAGGAGAGUUUCAGGGCCUCGCCGCCGCCAAGAAUGAGCCACCCCGCACGGUCCCUCUCGGCGCGCGGGGGCCCGAACCCCUUGCUCUUUAACCUGCAGAGAAGCAUGUGUGGCCUUCGCCUUGCUACCACCUGGGCAGCUGUUUGAGCAGGAUGUGAAGCCAGCGGGCGGACGGAGCCCGGCCUCGGCGCGCCUGCCUGUUGCUAGAAUGUUCCUCAUGAACGCCCCUCCUGUGCUUGCUCUCCAGUCCACAUGGGAAGCCUUCGGGCGGCCGGGGAGCUGUAGGUUUCCCGGGCGCUUCUCGGAGCCGGAGGGCGCGGGGCGCGCAGCUGUGAGCGCCAGGGUGCAGAUGGUCAUCAGCACGCUCCAGGGCGACCGGGCCGCACGGGGCAGGAGCCAGGAGCAAGCCCUGCACAGAGGCCCGCGGGGCCGCGAGGCCCAGCUGGCCACCAGCCCCACCUCGGCUGCCUGCGGUGGUGCUGCCGAUUUUGGCCCCAGGCAGGAGGAAGAGAGCACGGACGUGGGGCCCCCAGUGCUGGAUUCGGACAGUGAUGACUCUGUGGACCGUGACAUCGAGGAAGCCAUCCAGGAGUACCUGAAGGCCAAGAGCGGGGCCGCCCAGCCCACAGCCGCCGGCGGGGACAGUCCGCGCCAGCCAGAGCCGCCUCAGAGCAGCGCCCCACCUGCCCGGUGUCCUCCCAGACUCACACCGGGUUCAGGAGGUGCCCCUGGCAGCCGCGUGGGAGCCAGCGAGGCCCCAGGCUCUUCCUCCCCGCUCAGUGUCAGUAGUGAGGACUCCUUCGAGCAGAGCAUCCGGGCAGAGAUAGAGCAGUUUCUGAACGAGAAAAAACAGCACGAGGCCCCCAAACUGGACGCACCUGGGGACAGGAAAACAGACCCUGGCAACAACUUGGCCAAACCCGCACUCAGAUCCUUCAGGGAGCCCGGUGUGAGGGCGCAGCGGCAGGAGUUGGCCGGCGCCGGCAGGGAGUUUGUCUUCCGGAAGCCUCCCAGGUUGGCAAAGGCGCCUGCGCAGCCCAGAAGUCUCAGGUCCAGAGCCACCACCGAGCCUCUAGAGAGCUUGGGCAGCCCAAAGCCAGCAGCACCCAGGCCACCAGCAGCACCCAGGCCUCCGGCCGCCUGCCGCAUGGUAGAGGCCCAGGGUAAGGGCGGGGCCAAGAGGAACCCCUGCCCUGGGAGGCGGGGCCAGGGAGCCAGGAGCGCGGCCAGUGUGCGGGAGGCUUCCGACUCUAGCAGCGACGACGGCAUCGAGGAGGCCAUCCAGCUGUACCAGCUGGAGAAGAGAAAGGAGGCGAGUGGAGACCCACCGGGGGAGGGGCCGCCCGAGCCCCCCGCCCGCAGCACGAGCCACGCCACGAAAAGUGCCUUGCCCGAAGCCCACAGGAAAACGCUGGGCAAGAAGAAGCCGGUGACCUCGAAGGCCGUGGAUCUUGGCCCCGGUGGCCCUGACCCUGACCGUCCCUCCAAGCCACCAAAGGAAACCAAAGUCCCUGCGGCCCCAGGACACACAGCGUCCAAGAGCGAGUUGGCGGACGGGUCCUCGUGCCGGGCAGACACGUCUGCUGAGCUGAUGUGCGCCGAGGCCAUCCUGGACAUUUCCAAAACCAUCCUGCCAGCCCCUGGGGAGGGCGGUGACGGACCCCUGUCCACCAGCCCGCUCCCUUGUCCCCCCAGUGUGCCUUCCCACUCCGACGGGGACAGCAGCUCUGUGGACAGUGACGACAGCAUUGAGCGGGAGAUCCGGACGUUUUUGGCACUGAAGGCGCAGUCGGGUACUUUGCUGUCCAGGACGGAAUCCUGCCCGCACACAGUGCAGAGCCCGCUGCCUCCGCCAGGCCCCCACGGGCAGGCCGGUGGCCUCAAGGCCCCUGCCUCUAGAACGCUGGACCUGUCCCCAAGCCGCAAAAGGAGACGCCGGGGAGGCGGCACCACCGUGUGGUCAUCCACACCCAAGAAAGUGAGCGAGGUGAAGGAGGGUGCCCCGGACAGUGACCCCGGCCAGGGAAGGGCCAGCGAGGCCCCUGGCAGGGAGGGUGAGGCCCAGCCACUGCCCUGCGGGAUAGUUGGGCUGGGUGACGAGCACAUGGCCCCGGACGCACGGGGCAGCAUGUCACCCAGCCCCGGGAAGGCGGUCGAGUCGCGGAGUCUGGACGAGAAGGGGAGCUCUGAGGACAAGAGCAGCUCGCUGGACAGCGACGAGGACCUGGACACCGCCAUUAAGGACUUGCUUCGAUCCAAACGGAGGCUCAAGAAGCGCUGCAGGGACCCCAGAGCCGCGUGCAGGAAGAAGGUCAGGUUCAGCACCACCGAGGCGCAGGCCGCCGGCCAGCAGGGCGGCCUCCAGCGCGGCUGGAAGGAGAGAGGCCCGCACCUGCUGAAAAGCUGCCUCUCCAAGGCCAGACGGGACGGCAGGGAGGACCCACUGAGGAAGCCUGCCAGCGUCUUCUGCUGCGGGACAGAGAGAGGGAAGCCGGGGGGCAGCACCGGGCCCGCGGACACAGCCCUGGCCCUGGCGCCGGGGCGGAGAGCCCGCCGAGGGGGCGGGUGUACCGGCGAGGCCCAGGCCGGCUCCCUUCGUGGCUCGGCCGCCGGCCCCGGCCCACGGUCUGAGGACAGCAGUUCCGUGGACAGUGAUGACAGCAUCGAACUGGAGAUCAGGCGGUUUUUGGCUGAAAAGGCCAAGGACUCUGUGAGCGGUUUAGAGGUUCAAGGAGGAGGUCCCACCACAGUCGGGCCGGGGAGUGUGGCCAGGCCAGAGCCACCAGGCCGGAGGGCAGUGGUCCCAGGACUGGCCCUGCAGCCCGGUGUGUGCACACAGAGCCAGAGAGGCAGGGGGACCCCUCAACCAGCCGCGGGACCGAGGGGCGGCCCCCACGCAGAGCAGGCCUGCCUCCCCGCUACCCUGUCCAGAGGCCAGCAGGCGCCCCCCAGGAGCACCAGUGAGGCUGCGUCUGCCAGAGGGGCCCCUGCAGGCAGGAGAAGCCUCUACCCUCAUGGGGACCGGCGCGCACGAGGCGCCGGGCCUGCCUCUGCAGACAGCGCUGUAGGUCAGCCGUCCAGUUGUGCGGAAGCGGGCACUGGGCCAGGAAGCCUCAGUGGGACCCUGCCCGUGACCUCUCAGGGCCGGAGCGCCCUGACUCGGAGCCUGGGAGCAGACAGGGAGGGAGGGCCCCAGGCCGGCCUUGCUCUCCCGUGGGGCAACUUCACCCACCAGAAUCGGCUGCAGAGCGCGUGGGCGCUGAGCCCGGAAGGCAGGGAUGCAGCGUGGAGGGGGGGCCUGGGGAGCGAGAGGGAGAAGGGGGUAGAGGGCCAGGCCCAGGGCGCGCCCAGCCUCGCCCCGGACCCGAAGAAGAACCUGCCUUUCACAGGCUUCUCGCCGCUGCGCUCCACACAGUUAUUCCACUUUGGGAACAGCGUGGCCUGGGGGGGCAAGCCGGCCAGCCUCUUCGGCCCCAGCCUGGGCCUGCCUCUGCAGGGCCCAUCCUUUUCCGCCUUCAGAGAGGCCCCGGCCGGCCCCGGCCCCGUGUUCGGGAGCUCACCCUUGCUCGCGAAGAAGGACGGCGGGCGCUGGCCUCGGAGGAAGGCUCCGGCCUCACUCGGCUUCCGCAGCAGCGGGAACCUGAGUUUGGACAAGGACGUUCUGGACCUGAGGUACGGGCGGGCGGGCAGAGACCUUGCCAAGGACCAGGAGGCCUGGGGCAGUGACGCCAGCGAGCUGAGCGACACCUCCGUGGAGGACGGCGGCCCCGUGGCCCCAGGCAAAGCCCUGAAGCUGUGAGCACGCGUGUCGGGUGGCACCAUGGGCAGAGGGGGUGGGAGCCGCCGCGACCACCCAACCACCCUGUACAUAUGUACAGAAACGAGAUCGGUGCCCCUAUUUAACACGUGUCCUGGUAAAUAUGAGUUUUGUAGCUUUUUUGUAAAUUAUUUAAAGUGCUGUAAAAACUA